UAAAACCCCCCAAAUUUCCAACUAUCCCGUUGCAUUUCCAAAUUUUCAACUCCCUAGUCUUCUGAAAAGGUAAUUUCAACACGCUCUUAAAAAAGGAGCGAAACACGCCGACGUCGUACUGAACCUCAGAUUCUCCGGCGAAGUUGCUCAGUUUCUGGCGUCUGAUGGCGAUCGCCGACGAGAAGGACGGUAAAGUUUGGGGAUUGUUCAAGCUCCCUUUUCGAAACGCACAGUCAACGUCAACGACGACCACUUCGCGUUCAUCUUCGCAUAAUACUACUACUCAUCAUUACCGCACUCAACAGAAUCAAUCUCUCGGAAGUACUUCUCUGGAUGAUGGAUCGAUUCCUCGUACCAACAGUUCCAGCUCCGUUUCUUCAGUAGCGAGGUCUCUGCUUCCUGCGCGACGUCGUUUGAAACUUGAUCCUUCCAAUAAGCUCUAUUUUCCUUAUGAACCUGGUAAACAAGUUCGAAGUGCUAUCAAGAUAAAAAACUCUAGCAAGUCUCAUGUAGCUUUCAAGUUUCAAACAACUGCACCAAAAAGCUGUUUCAUGCGUCCUCCUGGAGCAAUUCUCGCCCCCGGUGAGAGCAUCAUUGCAACUGUAUUCAAGUUUGUAGAGCAUCCGGAAAAUAAUGAAAAACCAAUGGACCAGAAGAGCAAGGUGAAGUUCAAGAUCAUGAGCCUCAAGGUGAAAGGACCUAUGGACUAUGUACCUGAGCUGUUUGAUGAGCAAAAGGAUCAAGUAGCUGUAGAGCAAAUUCUGCGGGUUAUCUUUCUCGAUGUGGAACGUCCUAGUCCAGCUUUCGAGAAACUGAAACGCCAGUUGGCGGAAGCAGAUGCUGCUCUUGAGGCUCGCAAGAAGCCUGCAGAAGACACAGGUCCAAAGAUUAUCGGUGAAGGGCUUGUCAUAGAUGAAUGGAAGGAAAGAAGAGAGAGAUACCUAGCUCGGCAGCAAGUUGAAGGGGUGGAUUCUGUAUGAAUUGCAGGUGUUUUUUGAGAUAUGUAGCUUUGGCUGGAAAAGGUACCAGUCUUAUUGUUGUGUGUAAUUGGUUGUUAUUAGAGAGAUUGUUGGUGUUUGAUACUAAUUAAAUUAGUAUAACAUUCGCAAGAGAGAAUUUCAAUGUCCAUUCACAGUGGCUUGGCAUUGCAACAAAGCUGUAUAUAUAUUUGAUUCCUUUUAAGAAAGGGGAGAAUUUUCAUUCAAUGGACCUUGAUUUUCUGAUG